UUACCGCCACCACAGCCAUCGCAAAAUUCCCAAUCUUCGCCUAUUAUUCUCUGUGAGAAAUCAGACACUCGAAGCCAGUGGAAAAUAGACGGAGAUCGCUGUUAAUGUACAGCUAACUUCCAAAAAUAUAUGUUUCGUAUUUUAUUCGAGAUAUCGUUCACGGCAGGUUCAAAUCAAGAUCAAAGAAUUGGAGUGAGCAACCUAUUUGCAACGAAGCAAGAUGUCAAAUAUCACUGUUUGUGCCCGCUUCAGGCCUCUAUCGUCUAAUGAGAAACGAAUUGACGAUAGUUCUGUCUGCAUUCGACGUAUAGACACAGAAACUUUUGCUUUCAAGGACGAGAAGGAAGAGGAUUUCACGUUUAGCUUCGAUAGAGUGUUCUAUGAGAAAUCCGAGCAGGCUGAUGUCUACGAAUUCCUAGCUCUUCCCAUAGUUCGAGAUGCCGUUAAUGCUAUUAAUGGGACAGUUAUCACUUAUGGUCAGACUGGGGCUGGGAAGACAUAUAGCAUGGAGGGACCGGGAAUACUGGAACUCGAUGAACGUAAGAAGGGGCUGCUUCAAAGAGUUGUGGUUGGACUAUUUGAUUCCCUAAAUCGUUCAGAUGAAGAAGACAUAAAGUAUUCAAUCAAGCUGUCAAUGGCUGAAAUCUACAUGGAGAAAGUUAGGGACCUACUCGAUUUAUCAAAUGACAAUAUACAGAUUAAGGAAAGCAAAACACAAGGAAUAAUAUUACCUGGUGUAGCAGAGAAAACCGUAGAGAAUCCUGCCGAAGCAUUACAAAGCCUAUCUAGGGGGAUAGCUAAUCGAGCAGUUGGAGAGACCCAAAUGAACAUGGCUAGCAGCAGAAGCCAUUGUGUUUAUAUAUUCACAAUCCUGCAAGAACAUACUAAGCAGAAAAGGUCGAAGUCUGGUAAAGUAAUUCUUGUAGACUUGGCGGGGUCUGAGAAAGUGGAGAAAACAGGAGCUGAGGGCAGAGUUCUAGAAGAAGCUAAGUCCAUAAAUAAAUCCCUUUCUGCCCUUGGGAAUGUAAUAAAUGCUCUCACUUGUGGUUUACCAGGAAAAGUAAACCACAUCCCUUAUCGUGAUUCCAAGCUCACUCGAAUUCUUCAGGAUGCGCUUGGAGGGAAUUCUAGGACUGCAUUACUCUGCUGUUGCUCACCCAGUUCCCUCAAUGCACCCGAGACCUUAUCCACUCUUCGAUUUGGUGCAAGGGCGAAACAUGUAAAAACCUCCCCACAUGUCGAUUGCAGUGAAGAAAAAUGCAUCAAAGAUUACUGUGCUUCCCGUCCACUAGCCGAUGAGUCGUGCGCUAGAAUUCUGACCCAGUUAAGGGAAAGAAUGAAUGUUGAUGACGUAAAGUUACUAGAGGAAUUAUUCAUACUAGAGGGCAUUGUAUUUGAUCCUCAAUCAGUUGAAGAACUGGAGUCAGAUUAUGAAGACCUUACUUUACAGACGAUAUCCUCACUACAAGCAGCCAUGGAACAGGUCAGAUCGACUGUUGUCGAGCUUAAAAGGGAGAAUAGCAUUCUCAAGGCGAAACUUAAUGCUACCACCAAAUCUGAUGCAUGCAAGGAAGUUAAAAAUUCUGUUUUUACAAAUAUGAUUUCAGGCAUCCUGGCUUUUUUCCGGUAGCAGGUUGGUGGUUCACGCUGCCUCCUCAAGUUGCUCGCAAUAACUUUUCGUUCAUAGUUGGUGGAUUUUUUUCCUUUUGGCCUGAAUUCAUCCUUAGUGUUAUUACUUGACCAGACAAAGGAAAAAAAAAAAAAACCAGAAUCCUUAGUAUUGUUGACCUGUGAAUAAUAUCAAAACUUGACUGGCGCGCUAAAGAGUUGCAAACUCGCAAUGCAAUAUAUUACCGUGUCAAUAGGACUGUUUGACUUCUGUGUUUAA